AUGCCUCCACAUAAAGAGAGUUCCCUUUUAACUUCCUUCUUUCUUGAUAACGAACUUCAAGAUAGCUUAACAUUGCUCCAGUUUACGAACUCGUUUCCAGCAGCUCACAGAGAUAACCCUCAAAUUAAAAAACUUUAUAAAGAACUCCAGGCGUCUCGUAGAGAGAUACGCAGCAUUGUUAAAAAGAAUAUAGAAGAAGAAUGUGAGAGAGCAAGCUAUCCUAGAUCUAACAAUAAUGGAGACGCAGAAAAUAGUGAAUACGAACAAAUGGAUGUUGACUAUGAUGGCUCAUCCGGAGAGGAAGUGGAUUCAGAAGCACUGGAUGCCUUUGACGAUGAUGACGAGAAACAUCGUCGCCUCACGCUAGAUCAAGCGAUUGAGACAUUAGCUAACGCAGAAACCAUAUUAACAACUGAUAUCAAUCGAAUGGAGCAAGAAUGCGGAGAAUGGCUAAAGACAUUUGAGGCGUUAAACGAGGAAAUGUCUGACUUGAUAUACGGCCGAGUAACAAAGGACAGUGUUAGCGGAUUGAAGGUUAUAGCAGAUCUCAGGGAGUUGAUCUAUUAUUGUGAGAGGACAGCACCUGGUUCAAGGAAGAGAAAAUCAAAAUCUUGA